AUGGUCAGGCCUCCUUCCUCUACUCGGCUCUCAAUAAUCGCGCUCGGGACCGGUGGAAUUAAACCCUUCGUCUCGUCAUUCGGCGCCGACCACUUCUACAUGGUGGCAGCCUGGCAGAGGUUUGAUGAGAGAGGGAGGGUUUGGGCCUUGUGGGCCGUGCUGACGGCGACCGCGGGGAUUCGCUUUGCACUGGGGAGGGCGGCGACACUGUGGAGAUCGAUGGCGGUUAUGUGCGCUUUUUCCGUGGCGGUUCAGGUUGCCGCCGGGCUUGUGUUUGGCGUCGUGCCUUUCGUCUCCAAAAGUGCCUCUAAAGUGAUCUGCGGCGCCGGAGUGGUGAAGGGGUUCAAAGGGAAGCAGCCGUUUCAGCUUCUUGGCGGCGAUGCUAACUCCGUCGCCGGUGGGUACACCAAGGGAGAUGGCCUCGGUGCUGAAAUCGUCGGCACCUUCGUCCUUGUCUACACCGUCUUCUCUGCCGCCGACGCCAAGCGUAGCGCUAGAGACUCCCACGUCCCGAUAAUUAACUAA